AUGAGUGCUACGUCAGAUGCUACACUAAAACCAACGUCGUUACCGGCACACUGUCACAUCAUAGAAGACACGUCUGCCUGUUAUUCUGUAUCUCGUCUGCAUGACAACACACCGAGAUCGUCAACGGUCUCCAUCAUCGACAAUGGGUCCGUUUCCAAACACGUAUACUACGACUUCAUGCAGUACUCCCUCUAUGUUCAGUUUGGUCUGGUUCUACUUGGCAUCCUCACCAACGUGUGUAGCAUAACGGUGUUCACCCGUAAACAAAUGAAAAGCGCAACUUCCACAAUUCUCACUUUCCUCAGCUGUUCUGAACUGGGAGUUGCCAUUGUUGAACUGAUCAUGGUAUCAUUCUCUGUUGCAAUGGGUCACAUGGCCUACACGUCACAUAUUUUCUGGACUUUAUUUCGAUGGUGUCGAGUGUACCUGACGAUCGUUUUUCAAAGAUGUUCCUUCUGUUUCAACAUUUUGGUUGCAACAGAAAGGUUUAUUGUGGUAAGAUUUCCUUUAAAGGCAAAACAAAUUUUACGACGAAGGAAUCCAGUGAUAUUUUGUGCUGUAAUCUCUGCUACAAUAUUUGGUAUAAACACUUUUAAUCCAUUGAAAAUGGAGGUAGUUCCAGUGCAUACAAAACGAGGUAUGAUAUACACGAUACAAAAUUCUCAACUAUACACUAACGACCCUGACACAUUUGAAGUUCUUUCCGUAUUCACAAAGAUAAUCUUUUCCUACAUUCCUCUCUUUGGAUGCCUCCUCAUGAACAUUCUGAUGGUCACGGCUUUAUUGAAUAACAGAAAAGAGAGGAAGCGGAUGCAGACGAAUCGAAAUGCAGAGCAUCUGAAUGACAGGCGAGAAAUCCAUACAACAGUAACUAUACUGGUAUCCACCUUUCUCUUCGUUCUUCUGUCUCUGCCAGUCACUACAACCUCCAUCGUCGAAAGCACCAAUCCCGAGUACGGAGAACAGAAAAGGGAGCAUUACCUAUUCAGGUUCCUCGUCCAGUUUAACGGGUUGUUGUAUCUUCUGAGUCUGUCCAUGGACUUUCUUGUGUACAUGAUUCUGAGUCGAGCGUUUCGACAGACGUUCAUCCACUUGUUGAGAUCCACUUCUUGUCAUCACGCCAGUGGUAUUGUCGAGGGUCACACGUCGGCGACGAGGUCCAUCAAGUUGUCCAGAAAUGUCAGUAGCAGGGUGGAGACGUCCAUGUCGGUACCGAGACAUAAAGUGGCGGAGGAUGUUGACAGAGAAAAUACGGUAACGGAGGAGUUGGGCAGUUCAGUUAACGUGACUGAUGGUUUUGGUGUAACAGUGGAGACUGAAGCCCUGUGA